CUGAUUGAUAAUCUUCUUGUAUAUUAUUUUCCUUUGUUCAUAUGUGCCUUGAAUUAUUUAUUUAAAACUUUUAAGACUACUGAAUCAACGAUACUGCUUUUCCAAUUUUAGACAGACCGAGCUUCAAUGCUGGACGAUGCGAUUAAAUAUAUCAAAUCCUUGCAGCUUCAAGUACAAAUGAUGUCCAUGGGUGGAGGAGCUGUGUACCAGACUCCAAAUUUAUCAUUGGCUGGGAUUCAAGGCACGCAAAUGUCCCAAUUUAAGCCGUAUUUGCCCAUGGGACCCGGACUGGGAACGAGCAAUGCGUAUGAAAUUGGGAUGGGAUUGGGAAUGGCAAUGGGAAUGAUUAAUAUGUGUUAUACAACAGGCGUUCCAACAAUGUCAGUUCACUCAGCAACUGCAGGGUUGCCACUGAUGUCUGGACCGGGAGGUCUACCCGUUAAUCCUCAAGUGCAAAUGCAAUUUCCAUUCCUUGCUUCGCAAGUAAUGCCUAGCACAACCGCGGCUACAUCAAAUAUGGUUCAGCCACGAUUUCCUACAAAUUUCUCCCGCAUAUUCAACUAUGCUAACCAAGCUGGAGAGUCUAGUUCACCAAACACAGCUAGUGACAAUGAGAAAGUGCCAUUUAUAAACCAGAAAUCUAAGGUGAUGGCUAGUCAUGUGGUGACACCCACAUCAAAUUAGUGACAACAAAGUAGCAGACAGUCACUAAAAUGAAGCGGGGUUAACAAGGGUUCCAUUUUUUUUCGUUCCGUAAGUUUUAAUCUCUUAUUUCCAUACUAAUUUCCUUCCUGUUUAAGCGCCUUGAUCCGCCCGUAUCAGUCUUCGGUUCUUUAGUUUUAACAGCUCUUGGGCAUUUAUCCUUUCUCUAGAAUAUAUGGUACUAAAACAUAUAUAUAUAUAUAGUUAUAGUUGCUAGAGUACUGAUGAUGUUCCAUGCCAAAGUACUUAUAAAAAUUUGUUCGAGAUUAUUGACUCUGAAUCAAAUUUAAUUAGGUACUAAUGGUU